AUGAAUACGAUACAAAAGAUCUUUGAUUUAUUAAAAAAAUUGGAUCUUCCCUACUGCUCUGAAAGCGACCACUUUGAUUCCCCACUUACUGAUAUAGGUCUCUACAAUUCUGGCAAUUAUACCUAAUAAUUGAGGUCUUCAUAGUAGCUUAAUCUUAGGAAAAAUGAAAUCCAAAGUAUGGAGAGUGAAUUAAUCCAUUAAAAUGGGUGCCUUCUUCAAUAAGACAUUUAACUCUAACUACUUUGCCCUAUAUGUAGGUAUAACAUAGAAGAUAACUAACAAUCUCAGCAAAGACCUUUUGAUAUAAUCCCUAUUAAAAUGUUCCUUAAAAACAUUAUAUAAUCUUUAAACAAUAAGAUUGAAAAUAGAUAAAAGCAGUCAGAUAAAUUUAUUGAAAGUAUAAAACUUUAAUUGAAAGACGUUAAAAUUAUCCGCAAAAUGUGCCAUAUAAUUGAAUAAAAGUUAUAAGGAGUGCUUUAAUCUUAUGAAUCUGUAAUCUAAAUGAGAGAAAAGUCAGAACUCUCAAUUGAAAAAUUAAUUUGUUAAAUGCUUGAGAAAUAGACUAAGGAAUAGUCUUUCUAAAGCCUCAUAUUUUCAUUAUAAGAAUAAUGCGCAAUUCAAGUUGAUUCUAUUUCUUCAACUUACCAAAUUACAAUCAAAACUGAGCAAAAUUAAAACAAGUUGUUAUUUAACUAGUACAUUUCAAAAAUGCUUGAAUGCUCAACACAAAUAGUUGAUGAAAUUAAAAAAUCUCUUUAAUAAAAUAUUCAUGAAUUUGAUUAGAGUGAAUCUAUCUCUUAACUCUUUGACCAAAUAAAAAAAGAAAAUGAUGAACUUCAUUCCAAUUUUUAAAUUAAUUAAAGCUGUUCUGAAAAAAAUAACUUUUCAACUUCUUCUAUGAAAUAAAGUGAAAUUUCAACAUAAAGUAAAUAUCAUUUCAAAGAAGAAUUAAAUAAAUUCGAAAUUCUUAAUAAACAAACUGAAAAUUUUCUGCUAAAUAUCAAUUAAACAAAAAAUUAAACUCAAAAUUAAUUUUAAACAUUAGAAGAUAAAUUUCCAAAAAUAAUAAUUACCCAUAACUGA